UUAUAAUCUAUUGUAGGUGACUGACAUUAAACCAACAGGAAUGUCUGGAAAAGAAGUGGAAACGAACUUCUGCAACUGCUGGAGUACGCUCUGCCACCAAAAACUAUGAAAGGCGCAGGAGUCGAACAUGAAGAGCAU